AUGGCAUGGCUCGUAUUUCAGGAAUUGCUAGCCCAGUGGUCUAGUCGCCAAAUUGUUAUUGAAUCAACAGGAGGUGAUGAUAUUUCAGACUUAACGAGCAAAAAUCAAAUUAAAGUAGAUCUUGUAGAUGAGAAUUUUACAGAAUUAAGAGGAGAAAUAGCAGGACCUCCGGACACACCAUAUGAAGGUGGAAGGUAUCAAUUAGAGAUAAAAAUUCCAGAAACGUAUCCAUUUAAUCCUCCUAAGGUGCGGUUUAUCACCAAAAUAUGGCAUCCUAAUAUUAGCUCAGUCACUGGGGCCAUUUGUUUGGAUAUUCUGAAAGAUCAAUGGGCAGCAGCAAUGACUCUAAGAACAGUGUUGUUAUCGCUGCAAGCAUUGUUGGCAGCUGCAGAACCAGAUGAUCCACAAGAUGCAGUAGUGGCAAACCAGUACAAACAAAAUCCAGAAAUGUUUAAACAGACAGCUCGACUUUGGGCACAUGUGUAUGCUGGAGCACCAGUUUCUAGUCCAGAAUACACCAAAAAAAUAGAAAACCUUUGUGCUAUGGGCUUCGAUAGGAAUGCAGUAAUAGUGGCCUUGUCUUCAAAAUCAUGGGAUGUAGAGACUGCAACAGAAUUACUCCUGAGUAACUGAGCCAUGUAGAGAGAGCUGCUUCAGUAGUCCAGCUUGCCCCUUCUGGAGGAGCAUCACCAUCUGUUAUUUUUAGGAUUCUAUAUAGAUUCUCUUUUAAAACUGGCACUCUUACCUGAUGAUGCUAUCUAGGCACUAUUGGAGACUGAAAAAAACGCUCUGUAAAUAAAGCUAAUUAAACGUCUGUGUAAAUUUAAAA